GAUAUGUCACUGUAGCUGCAGAUUGUGGAGCGUGGACACCUGACGAGAUGUGGGCAGCCCUGCCCUGUCCGCAUAAAACGGAAAAAAACACUCCCUAGCUCUCUGAUCACGCCUCCACACAACACAAAUCGCUUGCCAGAUCGAGCCAGAGGAGGAGAGCAUCCAUGUCUCCUCCGCGGCCGCACUUCCUCGUGCUCACCUUCCCGCUCCAGGGCCACAUCACGCCGGCGCUCCGCCUCGCCAGGCGCCUCCUCGCCGCCUCCCCCGACGCGCUCGUCACAUUCUCCACCACCGCCGCCGCGCACCGCCGCAUGUUCCCCCCGCCGGAGACCACGAAGCCGCAGGACGACGGCCGCCUCGAGCUCCUCCCGUUCUCGGACGGCACCGAAGGCGGGUUCGUGAGGAGCAGCGACCCACAGGCGUUCAACGGCUACAUGGCGUCCUUCCACGCCGCGGGCGCGCGCAGCGUCGGGGAGCUCCUGGUCGCGCUCGCGGCCCGCGGCCGCGCCGUGACCCGCGUCGUCUACACGCUCCUCCUCCCGUGGGCCGCCGACGUGGCCCGCGACAGAGGCCUGCACUCCGCGCUCUACUGGAUCCAGCCCGCCGCCGUCUUCGCCGUCUACCACCACUACUUCCGCGGUGGCCACGCCGCCGCCGCCGCGAUCGUCCAGCACGGCCAUGACCCUUCGUUCCUCGUGCGGCUCCCGGGCCUCCCGCCGCUGGCCCUCCGGGACCUCCCGUCCUUCCUCACCGAGUCCACCGACCCCUCGGACCAAUUCCACAGCGUCUACACCGCCAUCCGCGACCUCUUCGAUUUCGACCCACUCGACGACAAGGACGCGCCCAAGGCCACCGUGCUCGUCAACACGUGCCAAGAGCUCGAGGCGGGCGCGCUCGCCGCCAUGGCAGAAGAAUACGACAUGCUCCCAGUCGGCCCGUUGCUCCCGACAUCAUCCGGAGACGACGAGGCCGGCCUCUUCAAGCAGGACGAGGACGCCAGGUACAUGGAGUGGCUCGACGGCAAGCCGGCCAAUUCCGUGGUGUACGUCGCGUUCGGGAGCCUGGCGAGGAUGGAGAGGGAGCAGCUGGACGAGCUGCUCCGCGGCCUCGAGGAGAGCGGGCGGCCGUACCUCUGCGUCGUCCGGAAGGACGUCAAGGCGGAGCUCCUCAACCCCGAAGGGACGACGUCGGCGGGGGAGACGGACGCCGGCGAUAAGGACGGCAUGGUGGUGGAGUGGUGCGACCAGGUGCGGGUGCUCUCGCACCCGGCGGUGGGCUGCUUCGUGACGCACUGCGGGUGGAACUCGACGCUGGAGAGCGUGGCGUGCGGCGUGCCCAUGGUGUGCGUGCCCAGGCUGUCCGACCAGCGGAUGAACGCGUGGCUCGUCGAGCGCGAGUGGCGCGUCGGGGCUCGCGCCGAGGUGGGCGGCGACGGGGUGCUGCGAGCGGCGGAGCUGCGGCGGCGCGUGGAGGAGGUGAUGCGGGAGGAGGAGGCUGUGCGGCGGCGCGCGGCGGCGGGGGAGUGGAAGCGUGCGGUCGCGGACGCUCUGGGGAAUGGCGGCUCGUCAGACCGGAAUCUGACGGCGUUCGUCCGAGGCGGCGGCGUCAGCGUCGGGACCGGCUUGCAAGCGUGACGUGUACUAUUCUGUCUGUAUCAUACUGGCAUUGAUUUCAGCCUGGUUGGUCAAACGGGAAUACCUACGGCGUGUCAGUGCGAAUUUGUUACUGCCAGAGUGAACCAAUCGAGAAUGUUAAUUUAUCAGUCA